CAGCCUUUCAUAUUUAUACUCUCCUCCCCCUCCCUCCAAUGGCAGAACCCAACACACAUACAUUGAAUCUUAUAUUCCUCUUAUUAGAAGAUUGAAUUGCCUCUUCUUGAGCCAACACGAAGAAGAAUUGGAAAUGGCAGGUGGGCAGAUGAAGAAUGUGGCUUCUCUUCUUCUAUUCCUCAAUUUCUGUAUGUACAUGAUCGUUCUGUGCAUCGGUGGAUGGGCCACUAAUAUCGCUAUCGACCGUGGCUUCAUCAUCGGACCGGGCUUCGAUCUUCCGGCUCAUUUCUCCCCCAUAUACUUUCCGAUGGGAAAUGCUGCGACCGGCUUCUUCGUUACGUUCUCUCUGAUAGCCGGAGCGGUCGGGAUUGCGUCUGCCAUCGCAGGUGUUAACCACCUCCGAGCCUGGAACAUCGACAGCUUACCUUCUGCUGCUGCAGUCGGGGCUAUUGCCUGGACUCUCACUCUCCUUGCUAUGGGCUUUGCCUGCAAAGAGAUUGAACUGCACAUCAGAAAUGCCAAACUGAGGACGAUGGAAGCAUUCCUAAUAAUCCUCUCAGCUACCCAGCUCUUUUACAUUGCGGCUAUCCAUGGCGCCUCAUCGAGAAGAGGCUGAUGUACAGGACCAGUCUCCGAUACGUGGUGGCUGUCUGAAGACCCGUUUUGUGCGAAUUCUCUUUCUGCUGUUUGUAUGAUACGCACAAUAUCAGGCUUGGCUUUGGACUUUUCGGGGUGAAUUUGUAUGAAUAUUUGAUUGGAUUUGUGUCGAAAAAUAAGGAAUAAUCAUUUCACGAGCUAA